CCCAGAGCUGACAAGGAAGGUUUCUGAGUGUUUUGCUGGCAAAGGGAUUUCUUACAACCUCCAGGCAUGCGUCUUUCUGCCCUGCUGGCCUUGGCAUCCAAGGUCACUCUGCCCCCCAAUUACCGCUAUGGGAUGAGCCCCCCGGGCUCCUUUGCAGACAAGAGGAAGAACCCCCCAUGGAUCAGGCGGCGCCCAGUGGUUGUGGAACCCAUCUCUGAUGAAGACUGGUAUCUGUUCUGUGGGGACACGGUGGAGAUCCUAGAAGGCAAGGAUGCCGGGAAGCAGGGCAAAGUGGUUCAAGUUAUCCGGCAGCGAAACUGCGUGGUCGUGGGAGGGCUGAACACACAUUACCGCUACAUUGGCAAGACCAUGGAUUACCGGGGAACCAUGAUCCCUAGUGAAGCCCCCUUGCUCCACCGCCAGGUCAAACUUGUGGAUCCUAUGGACAGGAAACCCACUGAGAUCGAGUGGAGAUUUACUGAAGCAGGAGAGCGGGUACGAGUCUCCACACGAUCAGGGAGAAUUAUCCCUAAACCCGAAUUUCCCAGAGCUGAUGGCAUCGUCCCUGAAACGUGGAUUGAUGGCCCCAAAGACACAUCAGUGGAAGAUGCUUUAGAAAGAACCUACAUGCCCCGUCUAAAGACACUGCAGGAGGAGGUGAUGGAGGCCAUGGGGAUCAAGGAGACCCGGAAAUACAAGAAGGUCUAUUGGUAUUGAGCCUGGAGGAGAGCAGCUCCUCCCCAACUUCUGUCCCAGCCUUGAAGGCUGAGGCACCUCUUUUUCAGAUGCCAAUAAAGAGCAGUUUAUGAGUC